AUGGUCUACUUACUUAUUCAUCAGCUUUGUGAGAUCAAACCACUUGGCUAUUUACAUCUAAGCCAAAACAAAUUUUCUGAAGCAAUGCCACCUUGUUUAGGAAAUCUUUCCUCUUUAAGGGAACUUCACUUGGGCUCUAAUAAGUUGGCAUUAGAGAUACCAUCUUCCUUUUGGAAUGUGAAAGACAUAUUGCAUGUGAACUUGUCUUCCAAUCAUCUUGUUGGGGGUCUUUCAUCAAUGGUUGAGAAAUUAAAAGCUCUUAUCAUAUUAGAUUUGUCUAAAAAUCAUAUUUCAGGAAUCAUUCCAACAACUAUGGGUGGCUUGCAAAAUUUGCAGAUUCUCUCUUUAGCACACAAUGAAUUGCAAGGAUCUAUUCCUAGAUCAUUUGGGAAUUUGCUAAGCCUAGAAAAUUUAGAUCUUUCCCCAAAUAAUUUGUCUGGGGAGAUUUCUAAAAAUUUGGAGUUCCUUAGUGCUCUUAAGUAUGUCAAUCUCUCCAUUAACAAACUCCAAGGAGAGAUUCCAAGUGGAGGAGUCUUCAAAAAUUUGACUCCUAAAUCUUUGAUGAAAAAUCAAAUUCUUUGUGGCAUGCCGCAACUCCAAGUUAUAAGCUGUUGUUCCAAUGUUGAUUUCAAAUCUUUGGUAAUGAAGUUCAUGCCCAAUGGGAGCCUUGAAAAGUGGUUAUAUUCUCACAACUACUUUUUAGGUUUUCUUCAAAGGUUAAAUAUAAUGAUAAAUGUAGCAUCUGCUUUGGAGUAUCUCUAUCAUGGCAUGCUAGCACCAAUUGUUCACUAUGAUUUGAAGCCAAGCAACAUUUUAUUGGAUGAUAAAAUGAUUGCUCAUGUGAGUGACUUUGGAAUUUCCAAACUUUUAGAUAAAGGGGAAUCUAAGACAUACAUAGAGACAAUACCUACUAUUGGCUAUAUCGCACCAAAGUAUGGAUCUUCUGGAGUUGUUUCAACAAAAGUAGAUGCGUAUAGCUAUGGAAUUAUGCUAUUAGAAGUCUUUACAAGAAAAAGGCCCACAGAAGAUAUAUUUGUCUCAAGAUUAAGCUUGAAGAGCUGGGUAAGUGAGUCAAUGCCACAUGCAAUAAUUCAAGUCAUGGAUUCAAAUUUAUCGCAAGGAGAUGAGCAUCAUAUAAAUAAUACUUUGACAUCUGCAUCUUCUAUUCUUGAUUUGGCCUUGAAUUGUUGCAUCAAUCUUCCAAAAGCACAAAGCAAUAUGAUUGAUGUUGUAGUAUCAUUAAACAAGAUCAAGGCUAGUUUUAUGCAUAGGCAACAAGUCAUGUUUAAAUAA